AUGGCCUUGAGUCCAGGGACAACCGAGAAAUCGAAGAUCAACCAAAGCGCCGCGCCGACUUCUUCUCAACUAGAGGCGCGCGAAGGCCCCGCGCCUGCUGAGUGGCAAGCGGUGAAGGAGGAAAUCCGGCUGCUGUACGAAAAAAAGCCAUUGCGAGAUGUCAGGACAAUCUUGGAACAGCGCCAUGGCUUUCGCGCGACCGAGCGGAUGUAUAAAGCCCGACUUUCACAGUGGGGAUUUAGCAAAAACUACUCGGACAGAGACUAUCAGAUAUGCGCGGUGCUGAACCACGUCCGUCAGAAAAGUGGUAAACGAAACACGGCGUUUGUCAUCCAUGGCCACAAGCGCUCCCUCAAAGACUUGCACAAGUACAUCAAAGGCCGCAAGAUGUCCGAAGAUGAUUUCCUGGCAUCCGCACUUAAGAACAUCGGCUUCAACGACCAUCAACAGGCCCAGAACGCUCAUGUCAGGGCCUAUACGCCAGAGCCUGAAGGCGAGGCCAGCGGUUAUGACCAAGGGCUUCGUUCCUGUGAUGCGUCCACAGCACGCGGCUGGUCAGACGCCACACCUAGCAAGGCUGUCGCUCAUCUCUCGCCUAUAGGGGCGGCGACGGACUCCGUAUCAGGCUCAUCAGGCUGUGGCUCACAUUUCCUCGGUCAUCCGUACACGCCCUCAUCUCAACAUCCAUCACCGCAUGACGCUGCCUCGCCAGAAUCGACCAUCCGGAAUCCUAGGACGCACUCGGUGUCCUCGAACCAGCAAUCGCUCUACUCCUCUGAGUUUUCACCCGGACGAGGAAGUGCCCCGUGGUUGUCCCAUGCCGCUCCAUUUUCUUCCUUGUCGCCCCAUCCACCCAUAGGAACUGUCAACGACGAUAGCCAAGCCCGCAAGACGGACCAACACACCCGCACUGGGACUCCUUGCCAGCGACUAGGCAAAGAUGUAGAGCACAUGGCGCUCCAAAUCAUCGAUGCACCCUCACUCAAAUCCCUGUGCGGCCACGACGACAUUACGUCGUGGAGGUUGAUGAGCGACACGUCGUCGACAGACUCCGAAGACUACGAAAUGGUAUGUCCCAAAUGUCACGAACUGACCCGAGAUCAUUUCAUCAGUCUACCGAACCUCGAACAUCCUCAUGGGGCUAGGCGGAACAUCCUCAAUGACAACCGUGGCGAGUCAUCAGAAGGCACCUUUUCUAUGCCAGCUUCAUCUCGUGGGCACGAACACUCUUGGAGGUGGGUGGCGCGGUGCUUCUCUGCGUGCAUAUACAUGAGCAGGGGCAACGACGAAUUGUCCCGGAUUAGCCUGGCUGAUGCGGACGCCGAGUUCGAAAAAAUGCUGGCUCCUCAACAAGAUCCCAAAGUUCUACUGGCGCUUAAUCAGACACUGUCAAUCCUACAUAUGCACGACCAGGGUGCCAUUUCCAAGACCAUCAUGUCCUCGGCGUACAAAGUGGCAGAACGGGUGCUAGGCCGAGAUGACCCUUUGACCAUCAUGGUGCGAUGGAUGGUCCAUAUCGCCGACCUCGAUUGGCAGAAUUGCGACAUCACCAGCCUGACUCUGAGCAAUGUGCACACGCAGCUUAUUCGCCGGCACGGCCACACGGACUUGCGGUCAAUCGCAUGUCUGUAUUGUUACGGCUACAUGCUUAACGUGGAGCGACAGCUCGAACAGGCCGAGUUGGUCCUGCGCAAAGUGUACGAGCUCUCGUGCGCCAAUCUGGGCCGGUGGCAUCUGCAGUCCAUCUCGGCCUUGACCAACCUGCAUCGCGCGCUUGAGAGACAAGGACGCAUCGAUGAGGCCAUCGAAGUUCUAGAGAUUGCCAUCGCCGAUUCACGUGAAACCUUGGGUCAGAACCACCCGCGCAGACUUGAGAGCAUUCGAACACUGGGCAUGAUGUAUGAACGACAAGGACGUCUCGACACCGCCGAGACCUUGUACUGGCGCGUCCUAGAAGGUCGGAUCAAGAUGCUCGGUAGGAAACACCAUUUUACACAAGGCAUGAAAGGCGACUUGGAGGCGUUUCUGAGGCGCAGGGGAAAAUGGACCGUACAUAGACGCUACACAGUCACAACACCUAACAACCAGGCAUUCGAUGGGGCCGCCAAAUCCGGCCGCCGCGACGGUCAACACACGAGUGCACCCGCUGAGAAUCAGAAUCCGCGGGUUGGAGUACAUUCCCACAUCAAGGCGGAGGUCUGGCCUGAUGCCAUGGUCGCAGUCGUCGAAAGCGACGAACAGCUGCGUCUGCACGAUCUCUUUGAAUGGGACCCGGAGGAUAAAUGGUACGAUACCGAUAGCAAGAUGCACGAGGCCAACAGCGCCGCGGCUGGAAACAGCAUAGAUUCGACAGAGGACACGGUGCGCCAGGCAGAGGCGUUCUGA